AAUUCACUCAACAAGCCUCUUGGAAGGCCUUACACAGAAGCUAGCUUAUAUAUAUAGAGAGAGAGAGCCUCUGAUCAGCUUUUUGUGCCAAGUAAUAUUAUCUUGGAUACAUAUAUAUAUAUAAGGGGAAAUCCCAAUGGGGAUUCAUUCCCUUUGUCAAGGGGCUCUCCUCUGUUUCUGGUUGUCCUUGAUUUUGUCUGUGAGCUUCUCCUAUGGUGGUGAUAAUACAGUUCAGGUGGUUGGUUUUGGAGAAUGUGCAGAUUGCAAAGAAAACAAUUUCAGGACUAGGCUUAAAGUGACCAUUGAUUGCAAGUCUGCAAUUGGAGAGUUCAAAACAAGAGGGACUGGAGAGCUUAAUGAAGAAGGAAAGUUCAAAGUCUCUCUUCCCCAGGAGAUUGUCAAAGAUGAAAAAUUGGAGGAGGAAUGCUUUGCACAGCUUCACAGUGCAUCAGCCACCCCGUGUCCGGCCCACGAUGGUAUAGAGGCCACCAAAGUGGUCUUCAAGUCGAAAACCAACGGAAAACUCAUCUUUGGUCUAGCCGGAAAACUGAAAUUCUUGCCGGUGACUUGUAUCUCGUCCUUCCCAUCUCUUACCAAACUCCCAGCUAAGCCCCAAACUUUCCCAUGGAAAAAGCCCUUUCCAAAGUUCUUUGGCCACCAUCUCCCUUUCCCUCCUAAAGUCUUCCCUCCUAUAUACAAAAAGCCACUUCCUCCACCUAUUCCAAUCUACAAAAAGCCACUUCCACCUCCUGUUCCUAUUUAUAAGCAUCCACUUCCUCCUCCUGUUCCUAUUUAUAAGCAUCCGCAUCCUCCUCCUGUUCCUAUUUAUAAGAAGCCACAUCCUCCUCCUGUCCCUAUUUAUAAGAAGCCACAUCCUCCUCCUGUCCCCAUUUAUAAGAAGCCACUUCCUCCUCCUGUCCCAAUCUAUAAGCCAAAGCCAAAGCCUCCUGUUCCAAUCUAUAAGCCAAAGCCAAAGCCUCCUGUCCCUAUCUACAAGCCAAAGCCAAAGCCUCCUCCUGUUCCAGUAUACAAGCCAAAGCCAAAGCCUCCUCCUGUCCCAGUCUACAAACCAAAACCAAAGCCUCCUCCUGUCCCAGUCUAUAAACCAAAACCAAAGCCACCAAUUGUCAAGCCACUUCCACCACCUGUCCCGAUUACGCCAUUCCCAAAGUUCCCUCCAGUGUAUAAGAAGCCUUGUCCACCACUUCCUAAGCUCCCUAAGAUUCCUCCAAAGUACUUCCACCACCCCAAGAUAGGACUCUUGCCUCCUUUGCCACCUUUCAUUCCUCAUCCUUAGGUUACCAUAUAGUGUGUUGUUUCUUUGGAUUCGAAGUCGUAUGAGUGUUGUUAAUUUGAUGUUAUUUAAGAGGGGCUUGGUUUGAAAAUUUAUUAUGGAAAUAAAGUCUUCAAGCUAGAUAGAGAAAGAAAUUGAAGUGAACAUAUAUAUGUUGGAAGGAAGAGAGAGUAUAUCAGUGUUAUGUUCUUAUAUAUGUUUAUGAAUAUUAAUUGAAGGUGGGAUUGUGUGAA